GGCGGGGCCAGGCGCGCAAACGCCGGCCGGUAUCGGGAGUCGGGAGGGUAGCUGCAGCGCCGGUAGUAGCAGCGUGCCACUAUGUCAUCUGGCCAGGAACCCGUUUUCCCUGAAUAUGAGACUGAAACCAGUCAGACAUCAAAGCUGUUAAGAAAAUUUAAAGAGACGCCAUUUGUACCAAUUGGGAUGGCUGGCUUUGCCGUGUUGGUUGGGUACGGGCUGUACAAAUUGAAGCACAGAGGUGACAUGAAAAUGUCACUUCACCUUAUUCAUGUGCGCGUGGCAGCCCAAGGCUUCGUCGUGGGAGCACUCACAUGUGGUGUGCUGUAUUCAAUGUUUCGGGAGCAUGUGCUGAAGCCCAAGGAGUAGCAGAAAGCUGAUUGAAAUCUCUGUCUUGGUGGUGGCCUGUGUACUGCAGCUACAAGCCUCCUAUCAAGGGGUUCUUGAGGAAAAACAAAAACCACAAUAUUAGAGAAUUGCCCUGUAUAUAUUUGGUGUACAGAACACUGUCUUGGAGCUGGCAGCCUAAAUGAUUGUGCACUGGGGUAGUGGGUGUCAGGGUCUGCUUGAUUGACAUUAACAUAUCCCAGCUUUUAGGGGAUAUAGUAGAGUACAAUGCCUUUAUCUUCUCCUCAAUUAUCAAUUCUUCCCUAAAAUUGGUGGCUUCUUUUGCUGCCAUUGCCCAAAACCAGUCUGAACUAGCUUCUGUGAGGCCUUGGGCAGCAUGUGGAGGCCAGGCCUGUAAGUGUCAUGAAUGUUUUGCUGUCAUUUUCUAUCUUGUGUAUUUGUCAGCCUCCAACUUUGUAAUUUAGAAGCUUCUAGUAGCACUAAACGAUUUCUAAAAUAUUGAGAGAGAUACAAACAUCUAUUUUUUUUUUAUUUAAGGCAUAAGUAUUUGGUAUGUUACAGCUAUUUAAAUGUUGUAUUUAUUCAUUGUUAAUGAGGACACAGGCUCCCUAUUUUUACUAUAGAUUUUCAGACUCUUAAAUCGCUGUAUUUUGUAACUUUAUUUACAGUGUUCUUCUGAAUAAUAUUUAAAUAUAACAUUUAAAAUAGAUAUUGUGGAAAUUAAACCUUUAUUUGUUGUUCUAACACUUUCAGCUGAAGUAUAUGAUCUAGCUCUGAUUUCUGUGGUAUCAUUCCCCAUGGAAAUUUUUAACCAUUUAAAUCUGAAAAGGCCCCAUAAUCUUUUGAGGUGUUAAAACCCUUCUGUCAAUUGCUACUGUUAUUUUACACUCGGACCCCUUGUAUCUCCAACAGCAGUCACAAAAAUAAAUAUGUUGAGAAAUCCGAUUUGUAAAAACCUCAUUUUCUCCUCUUAGCUUACAUUCCAUGGUGACAGUUGAUGUCUCUGCAGCAUAUACCACAGGGUCUAUACUGCAGCUCUGUCUGUGACAUAUUGUACAGUCCAGUGGGAGAUAAAAUGUGAAUAAAUGUAUGAGCACUAGAGGUAA